GAUUUCACUCGUCACACUCAGCCUGACCUGGCAGGACUUGACGCAUUUGUUACACCAGUGGAGUGGGUGUGGUAGUUUAGCCGGUGGAUAAAGGCACUGCUUCUGUUGUGGACCUUGAGCUGGAGUACAAGGUUCAUCUAACAUGCAGGUCAAAAUGAAGAGUGUGGUUGUGUAUUGUGGACUCAUCCUGGCAUUUCUGUCGAGCUGCACGGAGCAGGCUGGCGUAAAAAGCCAGCAGAAAGCAGUUGCUCCUCAAGGAACAGACUGCACACAGAUUAAGACGCUCUCACCGCAAGCAGCCAGUGGUGUUUAUGUGAUCCAGCCAGCUGGAGUCAAGGCCAAGUUUAAGGUUUACUGUGAGAUGCGUGCGGAUGGAGGCUGGACGGUGUUUCAGAAACGAAGUGGAGGAGCAGUUUCUUUCCACAGACAAUGGGCAGCUUACACAAAUGGCUUUGGGAACCAGACACAGGACCACUGGCUCGGUCUGAGGAAGAUUUUUUAUCUUACUAAGGACAAGUCCAAAAAGUGGACGAUGAGGGUGGAUCUGUGGGACCAUGAAGGCGGCACUGCUUUCGCUGAGUACAAAAACUUUAGACUGGGAAAUGAGAAAACUGCUUUCAAACUACAUGUUGGGAAAUACAGAGGAAAUGCAGGCGAUGCCAUCCGUGGUACCUAUAAAGGCACUGAUCAGAAUCACUAUGGCUUCAGCACCACUGACCGUGAUAAUGAUGGCUGCUCCCCCUGCAUCUUUGGUGACCUUGCUGAAACACAAUGUACCUUCAGAGAGGGUGGCGGGUGGUGGUACAGCAAGUGUGGGUCUGCCAAUCUAAACGGUGACUGGCAUCCCGCCGGUGAACAAAUAGGUUGGGCUUCGGGCCUCCACUGGCGCACCUGGAAACCGCCUGCACCAUACUCAGCCAAGGCCUCGAGAAUGAUGAUCAAGUCAGUGUGAAAGAAACCUGCUCUGAUCAUGAAGUGUUAUGCUGAUGUUUAUUCUAAUGCUUUAAAUAUUUCAGAAAAGUAACUGAUGUGUAAAAAACUGAGAUAUAAAAUAAAAUGAUGUCUGUUGGAAACAUGGAAACCAGUGUGAUGCUAGUGCUCAGUCAUUAUUAUCAGAUUAUCUGAGCUUUUGACAUGGUGCACUAUCCUGCUGGAAGCAGCCCUCAAAAGAUGGGCACAC